AUGGAGAAUGGAACCUUUCUCGUCACUGCGGCGAUUGUCUACGCCUCUGUGAUUUGGUUUCUUCCUCACCGCAAUGCUUUCUACUCGCUGAGUGUGGUCUCCAGGACGGCGUCACAUUCGACAGCAGAUGCCACUGUGCAGUCUCGCCUACAGGAGUACAAGCAGAAUCACUUACCGGAUUGGAUUCCAGUCUUCAUAAAAAACGGUGAGAUCUACUUUUUGGUUUGGAGCAUGCUGCGCUUAUGUAUCCCAGGAGGUUGGACAAAGCCAGCAUAUGCAGAUUUUCAUCUGUGGAGCCUCCUGACCACGUUGGUUGGAUUACGCUGGUCCUGCCACCCUUCAGCAGAAAAAUCUGUGUGGCACCGAAGAGUCGUGUCAACGGCUUUGGCAAUAGCCUGCCAUCUUUCUCAGCUGGAUAUGCCAACACAGAUGGGCCACGUGAACGGUGUGGCUUACGUCAGCCUUGCGCUGUUCAUGGGAGAUCCAUGGUUUGGUCUUGCCGUGUUCGCUGUGUUCAGUCCAGUGAAGUUGAUGGUGCUUUCUCAACGCAGCACGUGGAGUACAGGGCUGACGCUGGAUCUUGCCUGGUGGGUUGUGAACGAUUUGAUGACGUGCAUCUUCCUUUUUUCAAUCUUGCAGCACAUUGACAUUCUUCUCGGCAGUGUGCUGCAGACCGCGGUCGAUUUGGAACACCAGGUUCGUGAGAAGGAGAAGAGCGUGAGAGACAGAGGCCACCUUCUGUCGGCUACACGGCGCCUUCUUUCUGUUACCUGUGAUUGCUGCGAAACGCUCUCUGACGAUUUCGAAGUUGUGCAACCUUCUCAGAAUAUCUUGGCUAUGUUACACAUCCAGAAUCCGGAACAAGACUCGCAGCUUGAACCGGGCAUUUCGAGGUUGCCGUUGCGGCCGUAUAUCUGCGAUGAAGACCAGGAGCGUUUCGAGCAGUUCAUCGCUGUCUCCUAUGAGUCCCAGGCAGCUUCCUCACUGCACCUUCGCAUGAAAACACGUUCAGGGAGCCCCUUCGAGGUGCAGACUUUCCAUGUGAAGGUUCCUGGAACCGAUCGACCACAACACCUCAUCGGCAUUAAGUCCGCAAUCGCCGAGAUGACCAGUAUUCCGGAGCAUUCUGUCCUGGAGGUAUCUGUCGCCCCCAGCAUCCCGCUGUCCAUGGUUCCUGGGGGCCGCAGCCAUCGGAGUCGUCGCUCGGGCAGUUCUUCCGGUUCCAAGAGCUCCGCUUCCUCCGCAGUGGAGGUCAGUGGCAGGCCAAAGAUUGGCAACAUUGUUCUGACGGUGGAUCCGUCUGAUGCCUACAGCGUCGACUCCCUCCAGGUCUUCUUUGAAGGUCGAAGAGCAAGACUGACAAGCUGGGUGCUUGAAGCCGAAUCGGGCGAUGAGUUUCCACACUCCAUGCGCUUAGUGCUGGAGGGCAUAUCCCACCGGACAAACGUUUUCAAAGGCUGUAACCUGGAGCACGCGCCCUACGAGUAUUGCAGUGGCCGCUCCUUUUGUCCACAGCUCGCCAGCUGCUAUCAGGACUGCUUCGAAAGGGGCCGUGCGCCGCCACGCUGUCCUGGUGACUGCUGUCCGGAGCUGCUGAGAGAAGGGCUGCCGGGGGCGUCACCUCCCAGCUACGACGACUCCAGUG